GGGACUUCCAUCAUUGAAAGGAAAGCUAACAAAAGGACAAAAAUAGCAUAUAUCAGCACUUUGUCCCAAGCAGCAAUCUUUAAAUAUAUUAAUAGCAUAAACUGAGUAGCACUAAAGUUUAUGGAAUAGGCCACACGGUGCUUGCUUUCUCCACCCGAGAAGGCUCGUAAGAAACCUCAUCACACUUCCAGUCUCAAAUUUCUGCUCUUUAUAACAAAUCCUCCACACACUCUUUUUCCACUCAACUCAAUUUUCUUUUUACUUUGGAUUCUCCGAGAAUUUGAACAAAUAUAGCUGAAAUUCUUUUGUUUCACUAGAAGGACAAAAAUGGCUUUACCGCAAGAGACUUGUAGCACACUUGAUUCGAUUAGGCAACAUCUUCUUGAUGAUUUUCAAUUCAAGGAACAUUAUAUCCCUGAAACUAACCAAAGUUCUGAAUCUCUGGACAGAACUUUCUCUUUUGAAACAACAUUCAACUCAUGUGCGAACACCGUUCAAAGUUCCAAUCUUGAAUUCUCAAAAACAGAGUUCGAUUGCUUUUUCGAGUUUAAGAAAAAACCAAAAGUGUCAGCUGGCCGUAUCAGUUCGAAUUCUCCAAAGCAAAGGAGCUUCAAAGAACGGAAGCCUCCUCUGAACAUUGCGAUACCCACGAAGCCAGUUGUUCAGAAAGUGGAAGUUUCCAUGGAGCACUACAGAGGAGUUAGGCAACGGCCGUGGGGAAAGUUCGCGGCGGAGAUUCGCGACCCCAACCGAAAGGGGACUCGGGUUUGGUUAGGAACAUUCGACACCGCCAUUGAUGCGGCCAAGGCUUAUGACUGGGCGGCGUUUAGACUUAGAGGCAGCAAAGCAAUACUGAAUUUCCGUCUUGAAGUUGCUAACUUUAAGCAACAAAAUGAUGUUGAGAUUCACCCACAGCAAGUGAACUCGGGAAGAAAAAGGGUGAGAGAAACUGAGCUAGUAGUUAUCAAGAAAGAAAUGAAAAGAGAAGAAGAAAGAGUUAUCCCGACGACGGCAGCUCCAUUAACGCCGUCUAGUUGGUCGACGAUUUGGGACUGUGGAGACGGAAAGGGUAUUUAUGAGGUGCCGCCACUAUCACCAUUGUCUCCACAUAUGGGAUAUUCACAACUUUUAAUGAUGUAAAUAAAGGACAACUGUGUGAUUUAAUAUGAAAUGUCAGUAUUCAGUAGAUGAAGGAUAAAUAUAUGGCACCUGACUAUAAAAAGUCUCAGGUGAUUUCUCUAUAAAAAGAUGUAGGGGUAGGCUAGCUAGGGUAAUUAUGAUUCAAUAGGAGAUGGAGAAGAUGGUGGUGUGUCUUGGCCUUUCUUAAUUUCUUUGAUUAAGUUUUAUUUUGUGUAAAAGCGUCAGUUAGAAAUCUGUUCGAUUGGUUUAUUCAUUUCUCUGGGCUGGAAGUCUGGAACUGUGAAAUCAUAGACCUCCUUAAGAUUCAGCAAGAA